UCGGUUUCGAACGGUUGCCAGGAUGUCCGUGAUUUUGGACGUGCCGAAUCCCUAUAAAAGCGGACCAAUUUUCCGACUUACGCCCUUCAGGCUUUUCGGGGCAGGACCCAGCAAUUGUUCACCAAAUGUACUACAAGCCAUGACAUUUCAACCAUUCACUGCCUUCAACAGAACUUACUUCGAGCUAUCUAAGGAAAUUAAAGAGAUGACGCAAUACGUGUACCAAACAAAGAAUCCUAUGACCUUCCUAGCGCAAUAUUCUGGAAAUGGCGGCAAUGAGGCCAUGAUAACGAACCUUGCCGAUCCUGGGGACACCAUAAUUGUAGCUCAAGCCGGAAUUUGGGGCUUCAAAGUUGCUGAUAUGGGACGAAGAUAUAAACUCAACGUUAUUGAACUGACUCUGCCAGCUGGCGAGGUGUAUUCCUUUGAAGAACUUGAGAAGCAAAUUAUUAAACACAAACCUGUUGCCUUAUUUAUGACACACGGAGAAUCUUCUGGGGGGAUUUUACAACCUUUAGAAGGACUUGGAAAAAUUUGCCAGAAGUACAACUGCCUUCUAUCAGUCGAUGCGGUAGUUUCGGUAGGAGUAUCUCCAUUAUUCGUGGACAGAUGGGAGAUAGAUGCUGUCUGUGGAGGUACCCAGAAAGGUCUUGGGGCGCCUCCUGGAAUGGUGUUGAUGUCGUUCAAUAAAAGGGCACAUGAACGCAUGUUGAAAAAGAAAGAACGCCCCCCUUAUAUAUUAGACAUGUUAGUACAUGCCGAUGUAUGGAGAUGCUUUGAAACUUCAGGUCCAACUUACAUUUACACAUUCAACACUAAUAUGUUUGCGGCUGUGAGACAAGCAUUAGCGGAAAUCUGUGAAGAGGGCAUUGAAAAUGUUUGGAAACGCCAUCAAGAUUGUUCCGAUUUGUUCAUCAAGAAAACUGAAAAAUUGGGAAUUCGCCAUUUCAUAGAAAAACCUGAAAAUAGGUUUUGCGGAGUCAACUGCGUUACUCUUCCCGAAGAUGUAGACUGGCAUGAAUUCUGCGAGUACCUUUUAUCUAAACAUGAAAUAGAAUUGGGCAUGGGUAUAGGACCCACAUUGGACAAAGCUAUUAGGAUAGGUUUCCUGGCACAAAAUGCAAAACCCGAUUUGGUAGAAUUUGUUGUCAAUGCUUUAGAAGACGGAAUUAGACACUGCAGGUCGAAAAGCGGCACUUUUGACGUACAUAGCAGCAAUAAUCUAUUUGUCUUUUAUACCUUGAAGAGUGGACAGAAAAAGAAAUGAAUGUGUCUCUAUGUAAUUAUUAAUAAAAAAUUGAUAUUCAAGUAUUCACAAUUCAGGCUAUCAAUUGUUAAUCCUUUAUUAAAACGAAUGCAAAUUAUAUCAC